AUGUCUUAUUUCCUGACACUUGCUAGCGAGGUUGCCGAGUCGCUCCUCCCCACCGUCGCCUUCGCUUCCGAGGAGGAGAAGGAGCAGGACGAGCCCGUCGAGGUUGAGUCCGAUGAUGACGAGUCCGAAGAGAAGGAGGACGAUGAUGAGGAGGAGGAUGAGGACGAUGAUGACGAUGAUGAUGAUGAUGAGGUCCCCGAUCCCGCCAUUGCUCUUCACGAAGCCGCCGCUGAGGGCCCCUGCCACGAUUUCAAGCACCACUUUGACGAGUGUGUUGAGCGAGUCACCAAGGCACAGGAGGCUGAGGACUACGACCACGCCGAGUACAAGGAGGACUGUGUCGAGGAGUUUUUCCACCUCCAGCAUUGCAUUAAUGACAACACCGCUGACAAGCUCUUCCGAGUCCUGAAAUAA